AUGACUGCCACAGGCACGGCCACCUCCUCCUGCCCCAUCCCAGGGAGCUGCUAUCUCCCUAUCCUGGAGGGCUACAGCUCCACACUGGGUGGCACUAUCUACUCCAGCAUGCCAGGGUGUACCCGCAUCAUCUACGACCACAAGUUCCUGCUGGAGGGCAAGAAUUCACCCGUGGCCAGGACCCCUCCCUGCUUCCUGCCCCAGAUCCCAGGUGUCACAUCCCUGGCCCAGUCCAGCCUCGUCAAGCUGGAGGAGCUCAAGGAGCAGAAUGAGAGUGAAGAAGCCAUGCCAG